AGCACGCCGUCGGUGUCGUCGGCGGCGGCCACUGCGUCCUCCUCGGCCGACAACAACGCGGCGUCCGGCAACCCGCUGCACAAGUACAUCUCGGCCAAGGAGGUGGCGCAGCACCAGGUCUUCCGCCAGCAGCACGACCUGCGGCGCUCCAUCAGCUCCACGCAGUUCAGCGGCGGCCGCGAGACCGCGUCCAACCCCGCCGCGGCCGGCGCCACGGCCUCGGCCGGAGCCAUGUCGGCGUCCAACAGCCCGCGCUGCUCGUCGCCCAUGGCCGAGUCGCCCAUGGCCGAGUCCAUCCUCAAGGUCGUGCUCAUCGGCGACUCGGGCGUGGGCAAGUCCAACCUCGUCAUGCGCUUCACCAAGAACAAGUACAUGCCGCACAGCGUGCAGACCGUGGGCUUCGAGUUCGCUACCAAAACCAUCCGCGUCGGCGACCGGCGGCUCAAGGCGCAGAUCUGGGACACGGCCGGCCAGGAGCGCUUCCAGUCGCUCACGGCCGCCUACUACCGCAACGCCGUGGGCGCCAUGAUCGUCUACGACAUCACGAACCGCAGCUCGUUCGAGCACGUCACGGGCUGGCUGGCCCAGGUGCACGAGCACUCGCACGAGAGCCUCGUGCUCAUACUCGUGGGCAACAAGUGCGACCUGGCCCACCUCCCAGAGAGCAGAGAGGUGUCCACACUCGAGGCGGCGAGGUUUGCGGCCAAGCACUCGAUGGAGUUCCUGGAGACGUCCGCGCUGGACUCGACCAACGUCGUCGACGCCUUCAAGAAGCUGAUCGUGCCGGUGGGGCGCUUGCUGUCGCCCACGGAGCCCAAGAAGAUCGCGCGACUACCGACAGGAUGGAGACGCGUGCUAUCAAGGACCAGGCCGGGCGAGUAUUCGUACGAGAACCAGUACACCAAGGAGCGGAUCUCGUUCGCGCCCAAAGAACCGGCCAAGCCGUCGCAGCAGAGCUUCCGAGCGCCUGCGAACGGGUCCAAGAGCGGGUCCCCGAGCGUCGUCACGGUCACACGGGAGAGCCUGCAGAGGCAGCACCAGAAGGCAUACCUCGCACAGAACCAGACCCCGCAGUGCGGA